AUGACAACCUACACAAUGAGGACCCUUGCUGCCGCACUGCUGUGCCUAGUCCUGUGCUGGGACCAGCUCAACGCCCAGUGUCCCGACCCGGCCACUCUCAAAGGCCCCGACGGAGGCAAGGUCUGCGCCCGCAUGUUCAAGGACAGCCACUACAUCUACGCCCAGAGUUGCGGAGGCGACAGCUUCGACGUCGCUCCCGGCGCGGACAUUCCCUCGAUGCCUUACAGCUGGAACAACCGUGUGUCUUCCCUGGUCGUCGCUAGGUUCUGCUCCCUCUCCGUCUGGUCCAGGGCCAAGAAGGAGGGCAAGAGGUGGAAGUUCGGUGCCGGCGUCCAGUACCGCCUGAAGGAGGUACCAAUGGGGUUCUUUGGCAACUGGGACGAUGAGAUAUCAUCAUACUACUGCGAAUGCUAGAGCCACGAAUAAACUGAGGUGGAUUUCUUGAAACCAGAGUUGCUUACUACAUUAGCUACUUUAUUGUUUUAAAUGCAUUUUCCCAUUGGCAACUACCGAAGUUGCUAACAGGCUAACAACUUCUCUUUUGAGAAAUGCACCCCUGGACAUUUACUGGAGGUAUCUGAAACGGAUGUUUUUUUCCUUAUACUGGAAUGUGCAGUGCAUGGUAUAGUGGUUGCAAGUACUUGUAUGCUCA